UAGAGAUCCGCGCCAAAUCUCCUUCUACGGUACAUUCAAAUCACACUUCGGUUUCAGUGCGCUUGCCAAAAGAGCCUCGUCCACCAACACCCUUUCUCUGUCACUCACCAACAAAUUGCUUGCAUGCCCGGCUCCACCCUUUCAACAACGAGUCAGCCUUAGACAUAUUCACCUUCACAACACAGAUAUUUCCAUCAUGACCGAUCAACGGCCAGAUCUGGCCUCCAACCGUCACCAACUAGCUGACUGGCUGGCUGUCUCUUCCGACAGAGUUGUUUCUGUAGAGCAUCCGAGUAUUAUCAAAGAUAUCGACAAGGGUCUUCAUUCUCUUGGCGGCGAACAUCACAUCAAACAUCUGCUUGCUCCUGCGGGUCAAACAUUAUCUGUCGGCCUAUCUCUACGCCCACAUGACCCUCUCGCAAAAAAGCUCGUCUCGAAAGAGAUGGCUGUUCAGAACGUCCUUCUCCGCGUGACUGUCCCAAAACGAACCGGCCGUAAAAGAAAGAGAGGGUCGGAUGAUCCAUUCGAGUAUCAUUGUGAGGGAAGGGAGGUAUUAGAUGAGGAUGCUGAAGACGCUCCCAUCGCGCCUCCCCUGACGGCAGAACAGCUAAGACGUAGACUCAUUGACAACACGGAUGCAUACACGGUCCAGCCUGUUGCGACAAUCAAACAGACUCACAGGUUCCGAGCCCUUCCAGAUUUCCAACUGCAAGCUGGCUCCCAGCCGGUAAUGGACCAAAUUGGAAAAAGCCUUGUCAAUCCCACUUUGUCGAGUAUCAAGAACUUCCACCUCGACAUGACUCCUGGCCGGCCAGCAAACGAAGAGCUUAUUGCGCCUCCGAACUUUACCUCAUUCGAGCAAUCUCUGAACUACCUCUACAAGCAGAACCCUGGUGUUACUCAUCUGACAGAUGAGCAAGGUCGUGUGAAGACUGUCAACACACAAGCUCCGAAGAAGCGACAAGUCGUCUCAGUGCCUCACGACAUUGAUGAGGUACCCACGGAGCCACCGAAAGGCCUUCCAGCCAUCGAGAAGCAAUCGGAAGCUCUCCAACAAUGUGUCAAGAAUCUACUGGAGCUUCUUGAAAAUCGACCUGCCGUCACAAGACGUGUGGCUUGCAACCUGAUAGACUGGGGCAACGAGGCUCUUUUCAAGGAAGCUACGCAGUAUGUGGGAUAUAGCUUCAAGUCUGGUCCUUUCAGGGAUACACUUGUCAAGUAUGGUCUCGACCCUCGUACCGAUCCAAAGUACCGUUGCUACCAGACUUUCUCCUUCCAACUCAUCGCAAAAGACAAGGUCAUUGCUGCAGCCAAGAAGAUGCGAGAUGGCAAGAAUCAAUGGAUCAGAAGCGACCGAUAUCGGAAAGACGAGGAGCCUUCACACGUCUUUGACGGCAAAAGUAUGACGACAAACGGAAAGACAUGGCAAGUCUGUGACAUCAAAGAGCCUGUUCUUGCAGACUUGCUAGCUACCGAAGAUUUGCGGUCCGAGUUCGAUUUCGAAACAUAUGGCUGGUACCGCAACGGUACAGUCGCAAAAGCGCGUAUCAUCAUGCGAGACAUGAUCGGUAUGAUGCUUUCAGGCCAAGCUCCGGACACUGCAGCAUAUCAGACAGUAUCCGUCAUACCAAACCAAGUGGACAAGUCGAGCUAUGCAGAAUGCUAUUUCGACAGAAAUGCUCAUGGGGAGAAGGUGAUGCAGCUUUCCAUGGAAAUCAGAAACCUAGUCAAGACGGAUAUUGCUUCCAGAGUCAGAGACAGAUUCAGAGGCGAUGAGGAAGUGCUUGAAGACAAUGCACAAGAUGGCGCAGACGAAGAUGAUGCAGGUUAUGGAAUGGAAGAUGACAGAGAUAUGGAAGGCGACCUUGAUGAUUUUGGAGGUGAGACAGAAGCUUAGAUAUGUUUCCAUUGGAAGACAGUGUCUCCAAGUGAAGAGAAAUGGUAAGAACGAUGCAUCGCCCAUCUUCGCGUUGUUGUCUUAUUCUCAUAUUCCCG